AUGCUAUCGUUAAACUGUCAAUGUGAAUUUGUUGUUGAACCAAUUUAUUCACGUUUAAUUCAUUUGAUAAUCAGUGUACAAGUAAUUCACCAUUUACCACAAGAACAUCACAACUUAAAGACAAGAUUAAGCAUGUUCUACAAACGAAUAAAAGACUAUAUACUUCUAUGUAUGCUUAUUACCUUCUUAACUAUUUCAAUAUCUAAAGCGAAAUACUCUAAAUGCAAUAUUGGAGCUUGCGAACGAUGUGUGUUAAGUGAACAAAUUUCUAUGAAUGAAUGUUGUUCCAAUCCUUCAAUUCAUGAUGUCUGUAAUUUUUGUGAUCAAAACUCUGAAACAGAAGUCGAUAUAUCUGAUUGUCUUUCGACCUAUUUUCGAAUUAUGUUAAAAAGACGAGGAAUGAUUGGCAAACGUCGAGGUUUUAUGGGUUAA